AACCAGCCCACAGUUUAGCCCCUCCCACCAAGGCAAAGCCUUGAACUUCUCUGUGAUCCCCGGCUGAGAAAGGAUCCUGACAGAAAGCUAGAGGCGUAAAGGAGCCUGAAGAAUCUCAGUAACUCUGGGAACUGUUCUAAAGAAGCUAGAGCACCAGAGAAGACUUUUGAAGUGUGAAGAGAUUUCCUGUAAUUGAAACCAAAAUGUCAUUUAUAGAUCCUUAUCAACACAUUAUAGUGGAGCACCAUUAUUCCCACAAGUUCACGGUAGUGGUAUUACGUGCUACCAAAGUGACAAAGGGAGCGUUUGGUGACAUGCUUGACACACCAGACCCCUACGUGGAACUUUUCAUCUCCUCAACCCCUGACAGCAGGAAGAGAACAAGACACUUCAAUAAUGACAUAAACCCUGUGUGGAAUGAGACCUUUGAAUUUAUUUUGGAUCCUAAUCAGGAAAAUACUUUGGAGAUCACGUUAAUGGAUGCCAAUUAUGUCAUGGAUGAAACUCUUGGGACAGCCACGUUUCCCAUAUCGUCUAUGAAAGUGGGAGAGAAGAAAGAGGUUCCUUUUAUUUUCAACCAAGUCACCGAAAUGAUUCUGGAAAUGUCUCUUGAAGUGUGUUCAUCCCCAGACCUCCGAUUUAGUAUGGCUCUGUGUGACGAGGAGAAAGCUUUCCGACAACAGAGAAAAGAAAACAUCAAGGAAAACAUGAAGAAACUCCUGGGCCCAGAGAAUAGUGAAGGCCUGUGUUCUACACGUGAUGUGCCCGUCGUGGCCAUCCUGGGCUCAGGUGGGGGGUUCCGAGCCAUGGUGGGAUUCUCUGGUGUGAUGAAAGCACUGUAUGAAUCAGGAAUUUUAGAUUGUGCUACCUACAUUGCUGGUCUUUCUGGAUCCACAUGGUACAUGUCAACCUUAUAUUCCCACCCUGAUUUUCCAGAGAAAGGGCCGGAGGAGAUUAACAAAGAGCUAAUGAACAAUGUCAGCCACAACCCUCUUUUACUUCUCACACCACAGAAAAUUAAAAGAUACGUUGAGUCUUUAUGGAAGAAGAAGAGCUCUGGACAACCUGUCACCUUUACUGAUAUCUUUGGGAUGUUAAUAGGAGAAACACUAAUUCAUAAUAGAAUGAACACUACCUUGAGUAGUUUGAAGGAAAAAGUCAAUGCUGGACAAUGCCCUUUGCCUCUUUUCACCUGUCUCCAUGUCAAACCCGAUGUUUCAGAGCUGAUGUUUGCAGAUUGGGUUGAAUUUAGUCCAUAUGAGAUCGGCAUGGCUAAAUAUGGUACUUUUAUGGCUCCGGACUUAUUUGGAAGCAAAUUUUUUAUGGGAACAAUUGUAAAGAAAUAUGAGGAAAACCCCUUACAUUUCUUAAUGGGUGUCUGGGGCAGUGCCUUUUCCAUAUUAUUCAACAGAGUUUUGGGAGUUUCUGGCUCACAAAAUAAAGGUUCCACAAUGGAAGAAGAACUAGAAAACAUUACAGCAAAGCAUAUUGUGAGUAAUGACAGCUCAGACAGCGAUGAUGAAUCACAAGAACGCAAAGGCAGUGAAAACGAAGAAGCAGAAAGGGAAUACCAAAAUGAUAAUCAAGCAAGUUGGGUCCAGCGUAUGCUGAUGGCCUUGGUGAGUGAUUCAGCUUUGUUCAAUACCAGAGAGGGACGUGCCGGGAAGGUGCACAACUUCAUGCUGGGCCUGAAUCUCAAUACGUCCUACCCAAUGUCUCCUCUGAGAAACUUUACCACCCAGGAGUCCUUGGAUGAAGAUGAACUGGAUACAGCAGUAGCAGAUCCUGAUGAAUUUGAGCGGAUAUAUGAGCCUCUGGAUGUCAAAAGUAAGAAGAUUCACGUGGUGGACAGUGGCCUCACAUUUAACCUGCCGUACCCCUUGAUCCUGAGACCUCAGAGAGGAGUGGAUCUCAUCAUCUCCUUUGACUUUUCUGCAAGGCCAAGCGACUCCAGUCCUCCGUUCAAGGAGCUGCUUCUUGCAGAGAAGUGGGCAAAAAUGAACAAGCUGCCUUUUCCAAAGAUUGACCAGAAUGUGUUUGAUCGUGAAGGACUAAAGGAGUGCUAUGUCUUCAAACCCAAGAAUCCUGAUGUCGAGAAAGAUUGCCCAACUAUCAUCCACUUUGUUCUGGCCAACAUCAACUUCAGAAAGUACAAGGCUCCAGGUGUUCCAAGAGAAACUCAGGAAGAGAAAGAGAUAGCUGAUUUUGAUAUCUUUGAUGACCCUGAAUCACCAUUUUCAACCUUCAACUUCCAAUAUCCAAAUCAAGCGUUCAAAAGACUGCAUGAUCUGAUGUAUUUCAAUACCCUGAACAACAUUGAUGUGAUAAAGAAUGCCAUAGUUGAAAGCAUUGAAUAUAGAAGACAGAAUCCGUCUCGUUGCUCUGUUUCCCUCAGCAGUGUUGAGGCAAGAAGAUUCUUCAACAAGGAGUUUCUAAACAAACCCACAGCCUAGUUUGUGUACUGGGAAGGGUAGCAAUUUCUGAUGUGGAUGUAGGAAAUUCCAUGACAACUGGAUUUAAAAACACAGGACAGAUCUAAGCACUGAUCUCAAAGGACUGGUUGAUACUCAAAGUAGCAGUUAUUUAGCUGCAGGAGCAUAAUACCCUUAUAGGUUUGUUAGGUUGACAGGUAAUGUCAAUUGUGUAAAAACAUACUCAGCUACAUUUUCUAUCAGUAUGAAUUUCCUGAUGCAAAUGUAGAGAUGUAUUGUGCCAUAUUUUUAGACAUUCCUCACCAACUAUCUUAUGUGUCCUCUUUUUUAAAAUGUUUCUUUUUUAGAAUAUUUAAUGGUUCAACUCAGUAAGUAAGACUUUGUAUUGUGUGUGAAUGUAAUUCACUGACUGGAUUUAUUCGUGCCAUGAGACAACACUAUUUUUUAUUUAUAUAUGCAUAGAUACAUACAUGAAAUAAAUGCAUCUAUAUACAAAUAGCUAAGGGACAACUGAGUUUUUAUUAUUUUUAAAGAACUGUUGCAUUGUUGCUGUUGACAGAUGCUCAGAUUCAUGGCUUCAAAGACAGAAGUUGUUAAUCUGAAACUCAAAUGUGAAACAGCAUUUUAAAUUAUGGCAAUUUUUCUUUUUUUAUUACUCAAUGAAUUUUAUUACAUUAAUAGCUGUACCACAAUCAUCACAACCAAAUUUUUACAGCAUUUCCAUCCCAAACCCUCAGUACAAUUUUUCUUAAAAGAGAAAGUAUGUAUAAUUUGUUGAGCAAAUAGGAUGUGUUCGUUCAGCAUGUAGGGGAAAAUAACCAUUUCUUUUGUAUCAAUUUAAUUUUUAUUUUAUAUUGGAGUAUAGUUGAUUUACAAUGUUGUGUUUGUUUCAGGUGUACAACGAAGAGAUUCAUUUGUGCAUAGAUAUAGAAUCCUUCUUUUUCAGAUUCUUUUCCCAUGGAGGUUAUUAACCACUUCUACCUUAACAUUUUACUUUGCUGCUAUUAUCCUGCUUAUCCAGCAGAGGGCAGUUGACUUCAGAGGAAAAUACGGAAGACUAUCAAGGGCUGUAUCUGCAAGACCUGUCUUGGGGAUUGUCUGUAUUACAUGGCUGUGGUUUGUUACCAUUGAACUGCUAAGGUUCAGAGUUAGUGUUUCAAAUAUAAGGGCUUCUCCAUGCCUUCUUUGAUUCUACUUUUCUUUAAUCUCUUUAGUCAUGUCACUUUUUUUCCUCUCACCUUUCAUUCACAUUUCUACCAGUGAGAAAAGACAGAAAAAAGGUACCAGGAAGGGAACACUUGAAAGUUCAUUCUUACAGGAGUUCCCGUCAUGGCACAGUGGAAACGAAUCCGACUAGGAACCAUGAGGUUGUGGGUCCGAUCCCUGGCCUUGCUCAGUGGGUUGAGGAUGCAGCGUUGCCAUGAGCUGUGGUGUAGGUCGCAGGCAUGGCUCAGAUCUGGCAUUGCUGUGGCUGUGGUGUAGGCUGGCAGCUGUAGCUCCAGUUAGACCCCUAGCCUGGGAACCUCCAUAUGCCGUGGGUGUGGCCCUAAAAAGACACACACACACACACACACACAUUCUUUCAUUGGUUGAUUUAUACCCAUGGCAAAUGGAUGCCUAUCAUGGGCCACCAGACAUGCAAGAUCUGUGGAUACAGCAUUGCACCAAAAUGAACAAAAGUGCCUGUCCUCGAGGACCUUACAUUCUAGUGGAGGUGACCAGCAUAAGCAACACAAAUAAGUUUCUAGAACGUUAGUGAUAAGUGCUAAGGAGAAAAUUCAAGACAGGAAGGAAGGAGAUGGGAACUGUUGGGGGUGUCUAAUUUUAAAUGGGGCCCUGGGACAGAGCACAGUGAGACAGUGACACCGGAUUGAAGAUGAGAAGGCGCUGAGGGGGCAGGACCUGUGCACGUUUGAGGGAAGAACAUUCCUGGCAGAGGGACUAGCAAUGCAAAUGCUCUGAGGUGGAGCCAGGCAUGUUUCAGGAGCAGGGAGGAGACUGAUGCACCCAGAGCAGAGUGGGAAGCAUAAAUAAUGAAUGUUCACUCAUUUGUUCAAAACGUGGAAAUGCUAUUUAUAUUUAACUUGUCCUUCAAAAUGCCCCUGUGAAGUAACAAGACCAGAGUGGUUAAGAGACUUGUCCACGGUGACGAAUGUCUGACUGGCGUCCUGCGCCCCCGUGGCCUUUAUAUCACACUCCAUAGGCCUUCCUGGAAACUCAUCAGAUGAAUACUUUACAGACUGGUGAUUGUAAAACUGAAAUGAUCCGGGGCCUUUUCUUUCUCUUUUCUCACAUGCUUUCAGUGUCUUUCUUUCUUUCUUUUUUUUUUUCUUUUUGUCUUCUUAGGGCCACACCUGUGAUAUAUGGAGGUUCCCAGGCUAGGGGUCCAAUUGGAGCUACAGCUGCUGGCCUACACCACAGCUACAACAACACCAGAUCUGAGCCACAUCUGCAACCUACACCACAGCUCACAGCAACACUGAAUUCUUAACCCACUGAUCGAGGCCAGGGAUCAAACCACUACCUCAUGGUUCCUAGUCAUAUUCAUUUCCGCUGCACCACGAUGGGAACUCUGCUCUCAGUUUCUUAAUGCCAAUAAUAGAGACUCUUUAUCUAGUUCAAUAUUGACGACUUGUUCAUUUAUAAACUUGCUAGCAUUCUAAUUUGAUAAAACACAUUUUGAUUGCA